GCUCUCUUUAACAAACAACUGCUAACCCGAUUUCGCCCUUUUUUCCCCUUUCCUUUUCUUUCUUUUCCUCUCAUUUCCCUCUCUCUGUCUCUCUCUCUCAUGAGAGCUUAAGCUUCUUUCUUCCAAAACCCAAAACCCUUACAAGUUCGAACGCAAAUGGGUAAGUACAUUAGGAAGGCCAAAACGGCAGGGGAAGUUGCCGUAAUGGAAGUCUCGCAAUCUUCCCUCGGGGUUCGAACCCGAGCCAAAACCCUCGCCCUUCAACGGCUACAGAAGUCCUCGACUUCUCCGGCUCCGGUUACCGGAGACGGCUCGUAUCUCCAGCUGCGGAGUCGGCGGUUAGAGAAGCCGCCGAUUAUGGUACACCACCAUGAUUCGAAGAGGCAGAAGCAGCAGCAACAGCAACAGGGGAGUAAGAAGGAGAGCUGUGUUCAAAACCCUAACCCGAAUUCUAAUUCUCGAGUUCGUGUGGGUAGCGGGUCGGGUUCGGUCGCGGAAAAGAAAAAGGAGGGUGAAAUUGGAAGGGAAGAAAUUGUGCAAGAGAAUAAUGGAAAUGAUAAUACUAAUAAUUGUAGUAACAAUAAUAAUAAUGAGAGCAAGGAUUUUGGUGGUGUUGAAGCUUCCUUUGGCGAAAAUGUUUUGGACAUUGAAGCCAGGGAAAGGAGCGCUAGGGAAUCAACUCCUUGCAGCUUGAUAAGGGACCCAGAGAGUAUAAGAACCCCUGGUUCUACUACUAGGCCUACCAGCUCAGCAGAGACUAACCAAAGAGUACAGAAUUCAACGCGGCGGCACAUCCCAACUGCUCAAGAAAUGGAUGAGUUCUUUGCCGUUGCAGAAGAAGAGCAGCAAAGACAAUUCAUUGAGAAGUACAACUUUGAUCCAGUGAAUGAUAAGCCACUCCCAGGACGUUAUGAAUGGGAGAAAGUGGACCCCUAGACGAUAUUAGUGUUCCAUCAGGACUUAUUUUCCUGCCAAAUUCUCAGUUGAUCUUUAAAGUUAGGUUUUUUCAGCUAGCAGGAAUUAGCCUUUAGUUGUAAAGGUGGUGGUGUUAUUUCCAUUUUCCAUCACCCUUAUUUUACUUGUAAAGAAAGAAGUAGGACUGUUAAAAGAAUUGUGUAGACUAAUGGUCUGUAACAUAACAGAGGUAACGAGUUACACAACAAAUACAAAUCAAAGUCCUUUGUCUAACAGAUCAUCUGAGAAGGGAAGGGAAAGGAUGAGUAGGCUAGAGUUUAGGGACUUCAGGGUCAGUCAAUUAGGUCAGUUGAUCUGGUACAGAAUUUACUAGAUUUUGUUUUCUUUUUUCUUUGGUACUGUAUUUUCCUCCCUUUGUUUGUCUAUACUUGUACUGAUGGAACUUUGAAAAACUCUUAUGGAAUAAACAUGAUCCCUUUCCUCCUCUUA